AUGUCUGUAGGCUCGCACGAGCACGCUCUUCCCAUCCCCGGUGAUGACGGGGAGGGCCCUAUUGAGGUACCAGCCACCGUGUCACAAAUGCCACAAGCUGCCAAAUAUAUGCACAACUUGAGCAUCUCGCCAUCACAGAAAGACCGGAGAUCUUCUCGAAACUCCUUCGGCGCCUCGCUUCCUAUUCCACGGAGCAAGCGACGAUCCAGACUAUCGUCAGUUCAUCAUGCCGAAGAUGGCGACGGUGGCCGAAAAACGAGGCCUGGCAUGCCUCCAAUCCAACCGACCCGUGAGAUCUUGGCCAGCCAAAUCCAGACUAUAGAAGCAAAGAAGGUCGCCAAGGCUAAGAACAUGGCCUUUGCCUUUGACAUCGAUGGUGUGCUCGUCCACGGCGACUUACUCAUUCCCGAGGGCAAGCGUGCGCUCGACAUUCUCAAUGGCGAUAACGAGCUCGGUAUUAAGAUUCCACAUAUCUUUCUAACCAACGGAAGUGGAAAGCCCGAGCAAGCACGUUGCGAUCAGCUUUCCAAGAUAUUGCAAAACCCUGUCAGCACUGAGCAAUUCAUCCAAUCUCACACACCUAUGAGUGCGCUGGCCUCAUACUACGACUCAGUACUCGUCGUCGGUGGUGUUGGCUACCGAUGCCGGGAGGUCGCUGAGCAGUAUGGGUUCAAAGACGUCAUCGUUCCCAAUGACAUCGUCGCCUGGGACCCCACCAUCGCGCCCUAUCGCGAGUUCACUGAAUACGAGAAGGCUAUGUCACGACCACGUGACUUCAGCAAGCACAACAUCAACGCUAUCCUCGUAUUCUCAGACUCGAGAGACUACGCCACCGACAUCCAGAUCAUCAUGGAUCUGUUGCUUUCUGAGAACGGUCGACUCAAGACGAAAGCCAAGGACCCCGAGUCUCAACGCAUCCCCAUCUACUUCUCCCAAGGCGAUCUGCUCUGCCCUACGGAGCACUGGACACCCCGCAUGUCACAGGGUGCGUUCCGUGUCGGCCUCGAGGCCAUGUACAAGGCCAUGACCGGCGUUGAUCUGGAACGUGUGGUGUAUGGUAAGCCAGAGCUGGCGACGUACAAGUACGCGGAUGAGGUUAUGGCUUCGUGGAUGGAGCAGAUCCACGGCGAGGAGAAGCUGCCAGAGAACAUUUAUAUGAUCGGUGACAACCCGGCCUCCGACAUCAUCGGCGGCAACAUGUAUGGGUGGAACACCUGUCUAGUCCGCACCGGUGUCUUCCAAGGCGGUGAGAAUGACGAGAACAACCCGGCCAACUUUGGCGUAUUCCCCAACGUUCUCGAAGCUGUGCAGACGGCCCUGCGCAAGCAGCUCGGCGAUGAUUUUAAGAUGCACUUUGACGAGACGGUGAACCCUGUCCUCCACGGCAGCGCAGCAGAUGCCGCGGUCAUCAUUUAG